AUGAGUUACGGAUAUCCUCAGCAGGGCUACGGCCAACAGUAUCCUCCCCAAGGACAAACCCCAUACCAACAACAGCAACCCUAUGGUGCGCCACCGGGUCCUCCUCAAGGCCACUCACCAUAUCCGCAGCAGCAUGGCGGCUACGGUGCACCCCAGGCCCUCCUAUGGGCCAUCAUCCGUCGCAAUCGUUUGGCGCCCCUCCUGGUCCCCCGCCAGGGCAGUACGGAGCUCCUCCAGGACAGUUCGGUGCCCCGCCAGGCCCCCCCUCCCGGUCAGUACGGUCAGCCACAGUAUGGUGCCCCGGCGCAAUACGGUAGUGGUCCGCCUGCCCCACCCUCGCCGGGCUACGUCCCCGGCCAAGUCGCGCCCAUGGACAUGUCUAGGCAAGCCGACGACCUGAGAAAAGCCAUGAAGGGCUUUGGAACCGACGAGAAAGCCCUUAUCGCAAUACUCGCACCUUUGGAUCCUCUCCAAGCUGCUGGCGUCCGUCAAGCAUUCAACCAGCGUCACCGUCGCGAUCUACUCAAGGAUAUUGAGUCCGAAACCUCCGGCUACUUCCGUGACGGCCUCAUGGCCAUAGCACGCGGGCCACUCGAGCAAGACGUUCUAAACGCAAACAAGGCGAUCAAGGGAUUCGGCACGAAAGAGAGUAUCCUCAAUGACGUGCUUCUAGGCCGCAGCAAUGCAGACUUGAACGCCAUCAAAGCUCAUUAUCACCAUGUCUAUCAUAAAUCUCUCGAGUCAGAUGUCAAGUCCGAUUUAUCUAUGAAAACAGAGAGACUCUUCGACAUGGUCCUAGCAGCACGUCGCAACGAGGAAUCGUCUCCUGUCAUCCCUCAGCAAAUCGAGGCCGAUAUCACCGAACUCUAUCGCGCUACUGAAGGCAGCAAGAUCGGGGCCGAUCAAGUCUCCGUUUGCGCCAUCAUUACCCAGCGUAGCGACGGCCAGCUUCGUGCCAUCUCGCAAGCAUACCGCCAAAAGUACCACCGCGAGCUCGCAGAAGUUUUGAAAAAGAACUUCAGUGGCCACAUGGAGGAGGCUCUCCUGCACGUCCUGCUCAGCGCAGAGGAUCGCGCCAAGCACGACGCCCAAUUGCUCGAAUCCGCUAUGGAAGGCAUGGGCACCAAGGACGACCUUUUGGUGAACAGGAUCGUGAGAAUUCACUGGGACAAACACCGCAUGUCACAAGCCCGAGGCGCCUACAGACACUUCUUCCAGCGUGAUCUGGCUGACCGCAUACGCGGAGAAACAAGAGGCGACUACGAGAAGUUAAUGGUAGCCAUUGUGCAAAGUGCCUAA